GCCCCUCAGUCUCCGGAGGUAGGCGACCGGGUCCCGCUCUGUCACUUUAGGUUUCGGAGGCUCCGAAUACCUCUGCAGCCCCCCACAGGACCUGCAGUACUUCUGUUGGCCCACCGAGGACCCUCCUUCACCAGGAUUGUGUAUAACAUCGUCCCUGAGCCGCCCACCCCAUACCCUCCACCAUGAGCCCUGGGUUCCACCGAUGAAGUUUUUCGAUGCUUGCUUUGAUCAUGUGACACCACCUAUUGUCUACCCCAUUUGCUUUCCAGUUGUUAAAUACAUUAGGUCUAAGUCUGUGUCGUGUUAACGUACAAAGUUUUCUGCCUGUCCUGUCCGCCUUCCCUUUUUUAUUUUUUGCACCGCUCGCUCCUGCCCAGCCUGCCUUACCUUAUGCUUGCUUAUGAUUUUCAUAGCCACUCACUUGCCUGUCCCUGUGACUGUCCUUGCCUGGAGGAGGCAGCACUCCACUAAGUGCAGGGCCUGAGAGUCGGGAUGAGUUUUCCCAUUAUAUUUUCCUAUAUGUCGUGUAUGCAAAUCCUCUCUUAAACUAUUUAUUUGCCAGCACAUUUCCCAAAAUACUUCCUCCUGAGCCUUAGUCCUUUAGCAAAUAACCUCACCUGUAACGACGGCAAGAAGAAUUGAGUUUGCAGUAAGACUGUUUUAGAGAACUUGCUGGUCCAGUAUUGGUUGCAGUCUCCACUGAGAUUGUAGUUCAUGAAAAAAACCUUAAACUAAAUGAGGAGGAAGGAAGGUAGAUGAUAGGGUUAAUUGGAGCGGGUACUUGUUGAGGAAUUUUGUAAGUUUUCAAACAGCAAAGUGAGAGUCACAUACGCCUUGCCUAGAAAUUGGCCAGCAUGCUAUCCAUCUAGGUCCUGGGGGAACGGGAGGGAUUUUUAAAACCCCAUUUUCUAGUCUUGUUGUGUUCAAGUCAAGGUGGUUAAAUAUCUUGUUCUAGGAAUCACCUAAAAUAUUAGACACUAAAAUGUUGGGGAAACGUAAGCGUGUGGUGUUGACAAUUAAGGACAAGCUUGACAUUAUUAAGAAGCUUGAGGAAGGCAUUUCUUUCAAAAAACUUUCUGUGGUGUAUGGAAUUGGUGAAUCCACAGUUCGAGAUAUUAAAAAGAACAAAGAUAGGAUAAUAAACUAUGCAAACAGCUCAGAUCCUACAAGUGGGGUAUCCAAACGUAAAUCUAUGAAGUCAUCAACAUACGAGGAACUGGAUAGAGUUAUGAUAGAGUGGUUUAACCAACAAAAAACAGAUGGGAUUCCGGUGUCCGGAGCGAUUUGUGCAAAACAAGCCAAGUUCUUUUUUGAUGCUUUAGGGAUGGAAGGCGACUUUAGUGCAUCAUCUGGAUGGCUAACUCGAUUUAAGCAGCGCCAUGGUAUUCCAAAGGCUGCUAGUCAAGGAACAAAAUUAAAAGGAGAUGAAACUGCUGCCAGUGAAUUUUGCGGCAACUUUCAGGAAUUUAUUGAGAGAGAGAAUCUACAGCCAGAGCAAAUUUAUGGUGCUGAUCAAACUGGGUUAUUCUGGAAAUGUUUACCAUCCAGGACAUUAGUUCUUGAAACUGAGCAAAAUACUUCUGGUUAUAGGUCAAGCAGAGAGAGAAUCAUCAUUAUGUGUUGUGCAAAUGCCACAGGUUUACACAAACUUAAUCUUUGUGUUGUGGGAAAAGCAAAAAGACCCCGUGCGUUCAAAGGAGCUGACCUCUCAAACUUUCCUGUCACUUAUUUCAGUCAGAAAAGUGCAUGGAUAGAACAUUCUGUGUUCAGACAGUGGUUUGAAAAAUACUUUGUGCCACAGGUACAGAAGCAUUUGAAAUCCAAGGGGCUUCUAGAAAAAGCAGUACUGCUUUUGGAUUUUCCUCCAGCACACCCAAAUGAAGAACUGUUGAGUUCAGAUGAUGGCAGGAUAAUUGUGAAAUACCUGCCACCAAACGUCACAAGUCUAAUUCAACCUAUGAACCAGGGAGUUCUAGCCACGGUAAAAAGAUACUACCGAGCAGGGCUUCUCCAGAAAUACGUGGAUGAAGGAACCGACCCAAAAAUGUUUUGGAAGAACUUGACGGUGUUGGAUGCAAUUUAUGAAGCGUCAAGAGCUUGGAACAUGGUCAAAUCUAGUACCAUAACCAAAGCUUGGAAGAAACUUUUCCCUGGCAACGAAGAGAAUUCAGGUAUGAACAUUGAUGAAGGAGCCAUUUUAGCAGCUAACUUAGCAACGGUUUUACAGAAUACAGAAGACUGUGAACACGUUGACAUUGAGAAUAUUGAUCAGUGGUUUGACUCUCAGAGUAGCGACUCAAGCUGCCAGGUCCUGACGGACAGGGAGGGUGCUGAGGACCAGCCUAAGCCUGCUGAGCAAAAGCCUUUCAACAAGACUAGAAAAACAGAGGUAAAUCCAGAAAAGCACAUUAGCCAUAAAGCUGCACUUGAAUGGACUGAAAAUUUGCUGGAUUAUCUAGAACAACAAGAUGACAUGCUUCUGUCUGAUAAGCUGGUAUUACGGAGACUGAGAACGAUAAUUAGAAGAAAGCAGAAAAUCCAAAAUAACAAAACACAAUAACGCUCUUACGGGUUUCAGUGUAUUUGCAUCUUUGUGACUUUAUCUGCAGUGGAACUUGAUUGUCUUGCUUGAAGUGCUGUGGAUUUCAAGGCCAAAUACAUUUUAUAAAUGAUUUUAGGAUUAGAUGUCAUUUUGGGUUACUUAAAUUACUGCUCUUUAAUGUCAAUUCUAGUAAGUGAGCAUUGAGAUGUAACUUGUCUGUCCUUUGUUUCUAAUGUGUGUUAUACUAAUUAGAUCAUAAGGUUCCUGAGGCCAGGGAUCUUGUGUCUGUUUUGUGCCUGAAUUUCAUUGUGUCUAAUAGACGACCAUGCACACUGUAGGCAAUCAAUAAAUCUGACUUAAAAUGAA